AUGAUACGUAAACGCGUCUUCAUCGUCUGGUAUUUGGCUCUGGUUUUCCUCCUUCUGCAUUCCGGAAGCUUCCGCGCGAAUGUUGUAGCAGAAGAAACAGGACAAGAAUACUUGAAGGGAUGCACACAUCUUCGAUGCGACAAUGGCGGCCAAUGUAUCAAACGCAGAUAUUGGUGCAAAAAUCCACCUUGUCCAGGCAUGUUGUAUUGCUCCAAAUCUAUGCAAGAGUCAUUGAAGGGGCCGUCGACUUGCGACAGUGUGCGCUGCAGCAGCGGACAUAUAUGCGUCGUUCGAGUUCGAGGGUGUCGUUGGGAUGAAAAAUGCCAACAGCAGAUUGCGCGCUGCAUAUCGGAGAAGGAGUAUCACGAAGGAGCGGCUUCCUGCGUCGAUUUCGAGUGUUCACCAGGGAAACGUUGCAUCCUGCGGGAAUCACGCUGCGUCAACCCACCUUGCAAACUCAUCAGGAGCUGCGCAGCAGCGAAAGACGUGCAGGUUUGGUUCGACAAGUGCAAAGCUUUAGACUGCCUCUCGGAGUACGAGUGUUUCCUGCGAAGACCGGACGACGAUUGCCGUGCCGACACGUUGUGCGCGCAUACGCCUGACUGUACCUUGACCGCAGAAGACGAGCUGAUCAGCAAGCAUUGUCGCGGCUGGAUCUGCCCGCGAAUGCAGAAGUGUGCGGUACGAAUCGUAGGCUCGUGCAGGGGUUUCGAUUGCACCAUAGAAAGAACUUGCCGACCUCUCAUCGUAUCCUCCAACUCAUCCGCCGGGCACAAAACAUUUGCGAUCAACAAGACCGAGGCAUGGUCGACCGAAAGGAAUCUGGUGCAAAUGAAAACCGAGCAGGUCUUUGAAGAUGCGGAGAGACGCGGAAUGAACACGGCGACGCGUUAUCCAAUCACGAGGAAAAAGUUAAACGCGCUAAAACUCGAUGGAGAUUUUAUUCUACAGUUUAUUCUACAGACGACCUCGAUAGCGGCUUCAACGACGAAGCAAACGGAUUAUACAACGUCCCAGAAACACGGGACGGAAAUUUCGGUGAUUCAUCAGCAGACCACGACGGUAUCAAGCUCGAUCGUUAAGCCACCAUAUUUAUCGUCGACCCAACCACAUUCCACGCUGACUUACCCUCGUUCUUGGCUGAAUCCCGAUGAACUCUUGACAACAAGCACUAUCAGCGGUGGAUUGGAAAUUAGAGACAAAGACGACAAAAUUCUCGCGACUUCUUCGACAUUCUCCGAUUGGCCGAGGGACUCGAGUUUUCCGGCAAUCUCGUUCACCGACCGGAAAGUCGAGUCCACGACUUCACGCGACACGGCAGGAUUGGAGAUGCCGAAGAAGAUCUACAUAGCGACCGACAACGCUAUGCUGCCGCUUCCUGUGGUGUUGGAGGGCAUCAACUUGUUCGGACAAGGAUAUCCAAUCUGGAUAGAAAACGAGUCACAUCGUUCGAUGUUGUUAGGAGCGGAAGACGAGGACGAGAACAGAUGGAGGUACCACGCACCGGGGGAGCCCUACAGGAUUUUAUUGCCGCCGUACGAGCCAGUGAUCCUCGUCGAGAGCGCGAAACAAGGACAGUUGUCUUCGUUUGUCACUUACGCGCUUGGUUACCCUUUUAACGAAGCGACUUUACUGUCCUUGCAAGAAAUCCCGUCCCGAGACACAACAGGAAAUUCAAAGAGGACUAAUCGCCCGAUGAGUGUGCUUGGCGGGGAUAAUGGUGAUACGAACGUUUCUGCAACUGAUGAGAUGAGAAACCUCAAGACAAAUCAUUUCGAUGAUUCGCCCGGCGAUUAUGCGAGUCUCCGCGCGACGAAGAGAACGGACGUCGUUCCACCGAAUAUUCGCGACAAAGAAUCGGAUAAGAAUCAUUACGAUGAUUACGAGUGGCGACCGUGGCGUGUGAAUCACGACUAUUUAGAAAGGAGCGAGUCGCAUCCAGCCUAUGAAAGAGAGUUCACAUCUGACACCGACGAGAUUGCGACAGAUGACUCGCGUCUGAAUAAUUCCGAUAAUAUCACGUUAUCUCGCGCGAUACUUGGGGAAGAGACGCAAUACGAAACGCACACAUCGACCGACGCGAAGAGGCCUCUCGUAAGAGGCGAAAUUACGGACGAAAACAGAGGCCGAGUUUUCGAUACGCGAUACGCAUAUAGGCACGAUCAAAAUCUUGCGACAUUCGAUCCGAUACGAGACUACGUCCCGGUAGGACGAAGCGAUUAUGGCCCCGAGGACGACGAGGAGCGUUAUGGCCUUGUAAAUUAUCCUUAUGACACAACGAACGUUCCCGACGUUGAUAGAUCGAGCGAGCGGCGAGGAUACCCUUUGAACAAAAUUUUCGACAUCUCACGGAACCAGGAGUCGGCCACGUUUUCAAUCGGCGAGCUCGACGAGUGGAGCAGCGAACGCCCGUCGUUGGCGUUUCUCCGCGGGACGUCACCCUACCGUAAAUACAAUGACAAUAACGAGAAAAACGACGAUCGUGAAUACGAUGAAUAUUACAGUCACGAGAGCUGACGACGUCAGCUACGAUAUAUAUAUAUAUAUAUAUUAGCGACGUCGAAACGACGCACGGACUCAUGACGGGAAAUAGCACCGUUAAU